GCGGAAUCUAUCCUACAUGAAGAUAUCCCCAUAUUACCUUAAGGAAGGCAUUCAUCAGGUGAAUGGGACUUCCUAUUUAGGAAGGAUCCUUAGCCUGGAGGUCGAACAUGACCUCCAGGCUAAGGAUCCUUCUCCUCUCUUUUCUGCUGCUUUUCCUUCCUGCUUCUGCUUCUGCUUGCCUUCGCGCACCUCUCAUCCACGUCGACAGAAUAUCCAUAGAAAGACAGCUCACUAUCUGCAUCUUUCAUUGUCAACAGUUCUUCAGCACCGAGACCACUGUUGAUGGCCAUCACUGGAAAGUUCGCGGUCGAUUCUCUGGAACUAUCCUUGAAGCAGGCAGCACUAGCUGCGGGUAUUUCACAGGUAUACCCUCCCUAAGGAUGCUCCAGACAAAGGAAAGUACUAUCCAUAUUUACGAGACAAUCGAUGCGCUGAUCGGAGAUAAAGUCCGUAUUGGACUCUUAGUUAGGGGUCGAGACCCUGGUAAGGAAGCAGGUAACUCUCUGGGGACUAUCAUGGUUGGGACACCUGGGUCUAUAAUGAACGCCAUCCUUCGCGGUCACUUCUACCCAAAAAAAAAGUAUCCAGCGCAUCAUAUUUGACGAUGAUUUACAUACUAUUUAAUCAGAAUAACGCUGACCGCUCCCAUCUCAAGAAGGCGAUAGCUACCAGCUAUCAGUGCCUUGUUGAGGGCAAGGCCGGUGCUACUGUGUAUGACAAGGAGGAUUACUAUAUUGGAAAACCAAUCUGGCACCUGAGGGUCCAGAACACAGAACGACAAAUCCUGAUGAGGACACCAGAUCAAUGGAGCGCAACUGGCGCAACUGGAUCAUGAGAGCGACCUACGUCCUCGCUCCACAGCCUGCCUCCCGGACCAGUCGCAAGAGACGGAGAGCCAACGUUGGGAACUCAGGCCAGAGGAGUAGCCGCUAGAUCCAGCGGUACUUGGAAAGGUGGGAGAGGCAUCUGGUCUUUCGAAUCGGCUUCGCAGUAACAAUGGAUUGACGGAAGAUGGCAGACAGAAUAUUAAAGUGGGGAAAUAUUGUCAAUGAAGAGAUCGUUCCGGUCUAUUCCAUAAGGUGGCUGAAUGCAUAUCCUGCGUGUUCCAGGCUGAUAGUGCCUGUUCCUCUGAACAAUUCGAUGAAAAGAUUGUUUGAAAUUCGACGUUAU